UUUACUUCAGCAUGUUCGACAGCACUGGCACACGGCACAACCGGGGCGCAGGUAUGGCGUUUCCACCCAGCCGGGUGUCUGACGCUCUUUGUCGAUGGCACUGCAGACAGGAGCGGCAGGUGGGUGGGAGAGAGGGAACCACUAAUCGAUUGUCGUUCUUGUCUGUUGACACAUACACGCAGAGACUCGGUUGUCGUAGUCGUACUUCUGCCGGAACAGUGAAAAACAUGGCAGCCACAGCUGAAACCCCGGCUUGUGAUGUAGGCAACAGCAGCACCAGACAAAGCCAGAUCCGAGUUGACCGAGUCGCUGGACAGGAAGCCAAUACGUCCUGUGGACAGGAGCUGGCCUGACGUCGAUCGUUGCCUGUUUGCGACUAUGGCCAUCCAUACGCCGACAGUGGGUCUGGUUCGGGUGUGGUACGCAGCCAUGACGAUCGCGUCCCUGGAUGCAAGACACGCUUCAAAUCCAGAUUUCAUCUGGACAGGCAGAUCUCAGCACAGAUCCGAGAGAAGUGCAGGCGCAGGGUUAAGGGUUAUCAAAGGCUCAAGUUCCUUCACGGACAAGACAUGGAAGGAAAAUGUAUCGAACAUUUACGGAGGAGAUUCCUAUCUCAAGUCCAGUGCGUACGUGACACAUCCAAGUGAGAUGCCAACCAUCUGCACUAAUGUGUUUGACGCCCGGCCAGACGGAGAGGUACACACCUACUUCAUCUGCCCACAAGCACAGAACCCCCCUGACUUUGACUGGUGCUGUGGGAUGCAGGGAAGAGAAGAGUGUUGCCAAAAUCGCAGACAAUCAAGUUCUGAACAAAAGCGCAGCAACGAGGUGUCAACAAAAGAGGCUCUGAUGGUAUUUUUCGCAGUUUUUGGUGGCCACAUACUUAUGGCACUCCUCAUCUACUGUUGUGUAAAGAACGGUCGCCAUCGAAACUGCAGUUGCAAUUGCUGUAGAAAAACACCACCGCUGACCCAAAGUGUGAGGUCAAGGGUUACGUCCUCUACUGCUCUCAACACGUCAGCAGGUUGGCUAAUGUGGUUAGAAAUAACCAGAAGAUAUGCUAGGCUUUAGCUAGAGAGACUACGUAAAAGAAGGAGUAUUAUACGUUGUCCUUGACUUUCAAACUCUCUCUCUCUCACACACACACACAAAAUAUCAAUCCUUCUUAUUUCUGACGGCCAACAAAAAUAUUAACUAAAAAGUAAUGUACCAAUAGCACAAACUGAAAACACGUAAGAAAAGAACUAAAUCAUGAAAAUAAUGCAAUUUUUUGUAAUCAUUUCAGACUUCACAGUUAAGAACAGUCAAUUACAAUGAGUGGCUAAGUAAGGAUAGGCAUUAUAUUGCAGGAUAUGUACGCAGCUGACAACAAUCUGAAGUUUUUGCCCUUCAUAUUUUGCAGUCUCAAGACGAAGGGCAUUGAACAGUUUGGCUUUGCGUAUAUACACAGCUCUCCUGACGAGUGAAAGACCCAUAAAUCGAGAAGAUUCGGAAUCCAGUGUCAGCGACCAACUCGAGAUGACAGUGUUGGGUGACUGUGAGGUGCAUCCUUUACCUACAGCAAGAGAGCCGGAAGUUGCGCAGGUGCAGCUCCCGGCAGCAACAGCAGACGACGCACUUCGAUGUCCUCCGCCUUCCUACUGCACUUUACAAGCGCAGACCGCAGUGAUGCACGCAUCCAAAGAAGAGGCAGCGAUCUCGAGUACAUAUCUUCUGCAAGAGCAAAAUGAACAGGGUGAGUGUGAUUCACCGCCUCAUUACAGCACCCUUCCUUCCGCAGCGUUUGAUGACAGACUAUCAUUUGAGGAGGAUUGCCAGUCGUUUAUGGAGGACAGCCAGUCAGAGUCAGAAAGCUCUCUUCAAGCUAUGCCUCUCGGCUUCACAAGCAGAGAUCAAGACGCCAGGACAGGUCACCCAAAACCUCGAACCCUGGUUGCUGACUCCUCUCAUCUAACAUGGCAAGAGUUUCAUGAUGGAGAUCACACACAACAGACAGGUGAUAGUCAAAGCAUCUUGGGUGACCCACCCCCUGCAUAUGACAGCGACUCAUCGGUGUGAUCUUGAUACAACGUUUUGAAAGAUAUGUGAUUACAAUUUUUUUUAAAGCAUUACGUUUUGUUUGAAACAGGUGUAAUACUUUUCACCUUCAAACUCUGAGUCACCAUAAGUUGUAAUGCUACACACUUCAAUACAACGCAUCUGUUACAAAAUUAGUGGUUAAUUUACUGUAUGCUACAUUCCAGCAACUUUUUUACAGCCUUCAUACUUCCAUUCACCACAAAAAAUAUAUUAAAAUAAAAAUCUGCAGCCAAAAUGUCUUGACCUUUUUCUUCUUUUUUUUUUUAGAAAAAAAUUAUAACAGGUUAUUUUCAAAUUUUCUGUAGGGAAGAAUAUGGGGUUUCCAGACUGUGCAACAAUGUUGGGUUAUCUCAAUCCAACAGCUUAAAAAUCUAAAAUAACCCUCAAGAAACCUAUAUUAAAAUAAAUACUAAGAUCAAGACUCGACAAUAAAUCAGAGGAAUACAGGA